AUGUCGGACACAAACACAAUCCUCCUCCUCAUCUUCAUCAUGACAAGCUGGACCAGCAUGAUGGUGUUCUUCUUCUGCAGUGCCGGGACCCCCGGACUGUGCUGCAACUGGCUCCAACGCUAUGGACACCUGAGCAACAGCUCUCUGACUCUCAUCCAAACCAUGGGCGGUCAGCUGACUGAUCAGGAGAGUCCAGUCGCCUUCCCAUACCAACUCUACAAACGCAUAAAAAACAAUACGGUAGACACCCAGUUGGUUUUCAUCAGAGACAGUCUGAAGUUGAUGGCUGGUCUCUAUCGCCAUGACAACCUCUCCUCUGUUACCUGGGAUACAAAGAAGAUGGAAGACUUUCUAAUAAUCAUCCACAGACAAAUAGACGGACUGAACAGUUGUGUGAGUACAGAGACACAUCAAGUGUCUCAAAACCGAAGGAACAGGCCACUGUGCAGGUACUACCACAGACUGAAGAAGAAUACUCUGUGCAGCACUGGAGGGAGUCCUGCAUCCUGGGAGCUGAUAAGGAAGGAGAGUAAACUGCAUCUGGAUCAGUUGAACCAGCUGUGGGGCUUCAUGGUGGAAUCAGCAGGCGCUAAAUGACACAAAGUGGGGGUUAACAUGGAUACAUUGUUAUGCUAUUUAUUUAUUAUCUAUAUUUAUGUUUCUAUUUAUAAAAAUAACUAUUUAUUUAUAUUUACAAAUCAUGAGUUUUACUUGAUAACCUUUUGAUACAGACAAUAAAUAUAUUGUAAAUCAAUGAACUAUUUGUUUUUUUUUCGCAAAAAAGAAAAUGGUGUCAAAGUUGCGAUUGGUUAGAGGAGUACUGAGACUUUUAUCCGACUUAGAAUAAGUGCAUUCGACCUAGAGGAAACAGACCAGAACAACAAGAAAAUAGAAAGAACAAUUUCUUCACCAAAGCCAAACUACAAAGUGCUGUUGUCAGCGCCGUGAGUGUAUGCUCAUGAAAUGAUUCAACCCGUUCUGGGUUUUUAUAUCAACUCACACCAACCCUGAGUCUCUCCAAUCCCCCUCUUCUUCUCUCGCAGGAAUCUGAGCCCGACAUCCUUCACAGUUUGCAUGAUAGACUGGAACACAUCUUAGAGAGGCAACCUCUCAACAUUGAAGGGCUAUAGCUAGCAUGCAGUUAGGAUUUAGUUUUAUUAAGUGCUCUACAUGACAUAUCGGAUCCAAGAGACAGGUAGAACAUUUAGACUUCAGUUGUAGAAGUCAGUGGAUCAAGGUUGAUGGAAGAGAAGCCAUCCAGGUAGGUAUCAGGGCCCACUGCUGCAUCCAAGGCAGGAAGUGAAACUAACCCAGGGACACAAUAGAACACUGGAAACAAACCCAAACCUAGUUCAGGUGUAGUGGGUAAAGGUGCUACCUGGUCUAGGAAUAGUGGGUAGAGGUGUGUUUUU